UCCACCUCCUCCCACUUUGCACUCUCCUCUAGCGGCCGCCUGUCCUUUUUAAGGAACUCCACCCUAGGUGGAGUCCUCACGAUAGUCACACCUCUCCUUUGGGCCUAGCAGGGCCAGAGAAAGACGGAAUCACUCUACCCACUCAGGUUGCCCAGAGAGCACUUUAGGUUCUGACUCGCGUGGGGCGCGAGGUACCCCGUGGGGCAGCUAGGUGCCUCCAAGAAACCCCGCCCCAGAGGACCCGCACGAGUUGCUGCCAUUUUUCGCUGAAGCCCCUGCCCUGGGGCUGGUGUUCUUCUCUAUGAUUCUACCAAUCGUCGGCAUUUUUUUCCUCCCUUCUUUCUUUUUAGGAAGGCGCUGGGGUGUGCGGCGGCAACGGCGGCGGUGAAGGGAUCCUCUUGUGCCCGGAGAAAUAGGGGAGUGGGGGCCCAAGAACGAGAAGACGAGAACGCGUCGCCCUGCGCUAUGUCAGAAUGGGGCGGGUGUGAGGGGAACAGCUCUCCUGCGAUCAGCUCAGGAGUAUGAGCCUCCCGGAGGACGGCAUGAGUUCUGGACACUUCAGGAGUCCUCAGCUAGUGACAUGGUCGAUAUGGAUAAACUCAUAAACAACUUGGAGGUCCAACUUAAUUCAGAAGGUGGCUCAAUGCAGGUAUUCAAGCAGGUCACUGCUUCUGUUCGGAACAGAGAUCCCCCUGAGAUAGAAUACAGAAGUAAUAUGACUUCUCCAACACUCCUGGAUGCCAACCCCAUGGAGAACCCAGCACUGUUUAAUGACAUCAAGAUUGAGCCCCCAGAAGAACUUUUGGCUAGUGAUUUCAGCCUGCCCCAAGUGGAACCAGUUGACCUCUCCUUUCACAAGCCCAAGGCUCCUCUCCAGCCUGCUAGCAUGCUACAAGCUCCAAUACGUCCCCCCAAGCCACAGUCUUCUCCCCAGACCCUUGUGGUGUCCACGUCAACAUCUGACAUGAGCACUUCAGCAAACAUUCCUACUGUUCUGACCCCAGGCUCUGUCCUGACCUCCUCUCAGAGCACUGGUAGCCAGCAGAUCUUACAUGUCAUUCACACUAUCCCCUCAGUCAGUCUGCCAAAUAAGAUGGGUGGCCUGAAGACCAUCCCAGUGGUAGUGCAGUCUCUGCCCAUGGUGUAUACUACUUUGCCUGCAGAUGGGGGCCCUGCAGCCAUUACAGUCCCACUCAUUGGAGGAGAUGGUAAAAAUGCUGGAUCAGUGAAAGUUGACCCCACCUCCAUGUCUCCACUGGAAAUUCCAAGUGACAGUGAGGAGAGUACAAUUGAGAGUGGAUCCUCAGCCUUGCAGAGUCUGCAGGGACUACAGCAAGAACCAGCAGCAAUGGCCCAAAUGCAGGGAGAAGAGUCGCUUGACUUGAAGAGAAGACGGAUUCACCAAUGUGACUUUGCAGGAUGCAGCAAAGUGUACACCAAAAGCUCUCACCUGAAAGCUCACCGCAGAAUCCAUACAGGAGAGAAGCCUUAUAAAUGCACCUGGGAUGGCUGCUCCUGGAAAUUUGCUCGCUCAGAUGAGCUCACUCGCCAUUUCCGCAAGCACACAGGCAUCAAGCCUUUUCGGUGCACAGACUGCAACCGCAGCUUUUCUCGUUCUGACCACCUGUCCCUGCAUCGCCGUCGCCAUGACACCAUGUGAGCCGCACAGGUCACACUAGAGAAGCUGCGCUGGUAUCUUUCCUGGUCGUGUGCUGAGGUUGGGACAAUUUUUUCCUCUUUGACUUCAGCUUGCAUAUGGGGUUGAAGCAGCCCACUGAGCCAAGUUGAGGAGACUGGAGGAAAAGAGAGCUGGUCUCCCGUGGGGCUCUUCAUAUUCUACCUUCACUUCUCCACUGUCCAGACCCGUUUUUUUCAACCUCCACAUGGGUUGAAUUCCAGUGUGGCACCCAUGGCUGCCUUCCUAUCCCCCCCUGCUCUGAAAUAGGACAUUUUUCCUACAGUAACAAAACAGGAAUCAAACUCAAGGCUGUGAACAAACAUACGCUGCUUUAUUCUUUCCAAUUUUUCUCUUGUUUUCUAGAACUCUUAUCCAUAUGUUUUUUAAAUAAGUACCUAAAAGUGGUUUGAUAGUGUCCUAAACGACUUUUUUAACUUCCUAAAUGGAAAGAGCAUAACAAUGUAGUUGAUUGGUGAGAUUUACAGGGAUUUGGUUUCUGAGUUUGAGGCACAUUCCCAGUGAAUAAGCUGAGUCCCAUACCACACUCAAAAGGUUUUAAUAAAUCUAAUCCUAUUUCUUCUUAAAGUUUGGUUUUCAGACAGUGCUGGUGCUUCUGCUUCUUAAGUUCAUCAGGGGAAUGAGGAGUUCUUGUCCUUCUCCUCCUCUUUUUUUUCUUUUCCACUUUCUCCUUCAGGAUUAAAGAUUUUGCUGCACAAUUGUUAUUUGUUAGGUUAAAUUUGGACAAAUAUUCAAAGCACACAUAGACAUAUAAGUAAGGAGAAAAAUGUUCCAGGAGAGUAGGUUGGGCAGUGACAGGAACAAACAGACCUAGGAUGAUCCUGAGAACAAAUAGAGGGGUUCCUUUACUUGGAUAGGAUAUCAAAAGUGCUGUUAAUCACAAACCUCAUUCAAAUGGCAGGCUGUCGAGACAGUGUCUUGAGGGGCUGGCUGUACUGUUUAUUUUUUCGUUUACACAAAGAAGCAAUUGAGUAUAUUGCAUGAUGAGAAAUCACACACUAGGGGCAUGUUAUACAGAAGUAAGGGGUUGGAAAAACGGAAUGUUGUUCACUCCAUGGAAUUAUUGGCAUUCAUUCCUGUGUUUCAAAUGAAACAUAGAUGCUUUUCAUGAAAACUGACCUACAAAAAGCAAUUUGAUGUUCUGCAACUGCUAUGAAAACCUAAGCCAUUUAUUUUAGCUGAUAGCAGAUUGCAUAAUAUACUCAUUUAGCUGCCCAAUCAGAUUGUUUUAUAAUAUUACCUGGGGUACAAAAUCCUCUGUUCCUGGCCCUGGACCACAGAUCUACCUCCACAUGGCAUAUUUCCUUUCUGGGGUCAGGGGUUGGGGAGGGGGCUUUGCAUCACUUGAAUUUAGACUCAGCCUCUCUUUAAAAGAUUGUCUUUAUAUUGAACACCUUUUUCUUUUCAACCCUGCUUGAAUACUUUAGGUUACUAUUUCCUGAGGCUGUCCAUUCUCACUAUAUUGUAGAAUUCUAGCACCAAGAAGGGAUCCCGUUAACCAUCUAGUCCUAUCCAUCCCUCAUAUUUUACAGAUGAGACAAAUACGGGUCAAAUUUUUUUCUCCAGAUGUUUCUUUGAGCCCUUAUACACCUGCACGCUUAUUCUCCUGGGGAUCACAUAAUUUUAUUUAUUUAUUUUUUGAGAGACGGUUUCACUCCAUCACCCAGGCUGGAGUGCAGUGGCGUAAUCUCGGCUCACUGCAACCUCCGCCUCCUGGGUUCAAGUGAUUCUCCUGCCUCAGCCUCCCAAAUAGCUUGGAUUACAGGUGCGUGCCACCACACCUAGCUAAGUUUUGUAUUAUUAGUAGAGAUGGGGUUUCGCCAUGUUGGCCAGGCUGGUCUCAAACUCCUGACCUCAAGUGGUCCCCCCACCUCGGCCUCCCAAAGUGCUGGGAUCACAGGUGUGAGUCACCACACCUGGCCAGGAUCACAUUAUUAAACCAAAUUAAAGUUUAUGUGAUUGGUUGCAAUAUUUGUCUAAUUUUAUAUGUUAUUCUUCAGGAAAACUUUAGAACUCAAAAAUCAUUUACAGCUGAUUAAAUAGCAAGUAAAAUGUACUUGUGGUCAUUGCCGUAUAACAUUAGGCACACGCUUCUAACACUUCUAUAAUAUCUAGAUUUUAUUUACCUCAUUUUAACUUGCAAUGUCUGUCUAUCUCAUGAACUCUCCAUAAAUCCAAGAACUGCCUGUAGUUUUCAAAAUGACAUGUGGGUUUUUACUGUUAUCAUUGUUAUUUCGAUAGGGCUUUUUCCUGAUUUUGGGUAUACAAGUUCCAAACUUGCAUAAUAAUUGCUAACGCACUAGGCGAUAUCUAGGGCCAGUCUGUUAAACGGGACUUCUAAUGUAGCUGUAAGACAGGUUGGUAAAGAUGAACUAACAUAAGUUUAAGCUAAUAAUUCAGUAGUUGAUGCAGUAUUUCACAGUAGAGCCCGAGCUUACUCAUUUUUUUCAAAAUUUGGAUCCUGAUACUCCUUUUUCAGAGUUCAGAACUGAACUGCUCCCCUAAGACCUCAGAAUCUUUUGCAUUGAGACAUAUGAUCUAUUUAUAAAUAAAGGUUAUCAAAUAUCUUGUUGAACUAAUUAGGUUGAUCAAAUUAGGAUCCCAAAUAUUGGGGUCCCUGACAUCUGAGCCUUUAUCUAAAAAUGUUUCUGUAACAUAAUGACAGCCUUUAUGUUUGUUAAUUGACUAUAGUAAAGAAGCAAUUUUAAGCCUAUUCUCAUUUCCCUCUCCCCUACAAAAAAUGAUAAAAGCUUUCCAAUUACUUACAUAUGCUCUAACAAGUGUCUCAGGAUUCAUUAACAGCAUUUUAUAGAGUACAGUGAUUCAAAUAUAGCACAGUACAGAGUUUACCAAAAACACAUAAAACUUUGCUAGAUAGACAGUGAGGUGGAAAGGAACUAAAAUGUAUCUCUCUUGAAUAGCAUUUGGGGUUCAAUUGAAUUUGUUGUGUUUACAACAGCAAAGCACCGUUAGCCUGGACAGUUGCUUAUGGCAUCGAUAGGGUUGGAUAAUAUUCUGGGAUUUGUUGCAGCAGAAUUCCUCUAUCUGAUGAUCAGCAGUUGAACAUAAACUUCAUAAUUAUAGUAAAAUUUAGGAAAAACUAUGAGUGUGAAGAGUAUGAACUGAUUGGGUAGAUUAGGCAGAGUGCAUUAUGGGCAAGACAAAGGUUUUCGAUAUUAACUUCUUUUAAAAUAAACUUUUUAUUUUCAAACAGUUUCAGUUUUACAGAAAAAAUGUGAAGCUAAUACAGAGAGGUCUCAUUUACCCCACACCCAGUUUCUCCUGUUAUUAACAUCUCACAUUAAUAUGUGGUAUAUUUGUUACAAUUAAUGAAACACAUUGAUAUGUUAAUAUUAUUAACUGAAGUCCAUACUUUAUUCAGGUUUCUUUAGUUUUUACCUAAGAUCCUUUUUAAAGAAUUGUUUCGGCCAGGCACUGUGGCUCACACCUGUAAUCCCAGCACUUUGGGAGGCCAAGACGGGCGGAUCACGAAGUCAGGAGUUCGAGACCAGCCUGGACAACAUGGUGAAACCACGUCUCUAUUAAAAAUACAAAAAAUUAGCCAGGCGUAGUGGUGGGUGCCUGUAAUCCCAGCUACUUGAGAGGCUGAGGCAAGAGAAUUGCUUGAACCUGGGAGGCGGAGGUUGCAGUGAGCUGAGAUCAUGCCACUUCACUCCAGCCUGGGUGACAGAGCGACACACUCGAUCUCAAAAAAAAAAAAAAAAAUUGUUUCAGCAUCUUGUUCAGGAUUCCACAUUACAUCUAGUAGUCAUAUCUCCUUAGGAUCCUUUUGAUUGUGACAGUUUCUCAGACUUUCCUUGUUUUCAGUGACCUUGACACUUUUGAGAGAGAUUUUCCUUAACUGGGAUUUGUCAGUUGUCUUUCUCAUGAUUAGACUGAGGUUAUGAGUUUUUGAAAGUAGGACCACGGAGAAGAAGUGCCAUUUUCAUCACAUCAUACAGGCAUACUUUGGAGACAAUGCAGAUUUGGUUCCAGAUCACUGCAAUGAAGCAAAUAUUACAAUAAAGCAAGUCACACAAAUUUUUUGGUUUCCCAGUGCAUAUAAAAUUUUAUGUUUACACUGUCCUGUAGUCUGGUAAAUGUGCAAUAGCAUUAUGUCUAAAAAACAAUGUACAUACCUUAUUUUAAAAUACUUUAUUGCUAACAUGUUACUGGCACAAACACGAAGUGAGCACAUGCUGUUGGAAAAAUGGUGCCAAUAGACUUGUUGGUCACAGGGUUGCCACAAACUUUUAAUUUGUAAAAAAUGCAAUAUCAGCAAAGUGCAAUAAAGUGAAGCACAAUAAAAUGAGGUAUGCCUGUA